AUGAGAGAAGGAGAAUACGAAAAGUUUGAGGUUCCUGAUGUCACAAAGGCACAGAUAGACCAACUUCAAGCAAAGCUUAAUUCUGUUGUAUGGCCAAAUGAACUCGAGGAGGACUAUGGUUGGAGCUAUGGUGCGCCUACUUGGGCUGUUAAGCCACUUGUCGAAGAAUGGGCACAUUCAUUUGAUUGGCAAGAGCUCAAGACAACUAUCAAUCGAUGGCAUCAUUAUCGCAUGAAAAUUGAUGACCUCUUGAUCCACUUCAUACACGAACCUUCCUCCAACCCUGAUGCCAUCCCGAUCGUUCUCUUGCACGGAUGGCCCUCUACUUUUUAUGAAUUUUAUAAGCUAAUCGAGCCUCUUAGAGAUGGAGCAAAUAAUGGGCAGUCGUUUCAUGUCGUAGUUCCAAGUUUACCUGGCUAUGGAUACUCAGAGGCGCCCAAAGUAAAGGGCUAUGGUGUGAAAAAAAUGGCAUCUAUCAUCAACCGCCUGAUGAUUAACUUGGGAUAUGACAAGUAUUUGCAUCACGGUGGCGACUGGGGAGGAAUUAUCGGAAGGCAGAUUGCUCUUAAGCAUAAUAAUCACUGUGCGGCCUUCCAUACUAAUUUACCUAUGGCUUUGCCUACGUUACCCACGCCAAGAAACCUCUUGCUCCACCCUUGGAAAGUGCUCAAGUUUCUGUUGAGUAUAAUAUUAGGGUUUAAAUUAAUGUAUGGUAAAGGAAAGGUCAAUCUUGGCGGCGCAACAUUUGCAAAUGCUGAGCGAAAUUAUGACUGUGGAUACCGAUCGAUUCAAGGCACAAAACCAUACACUCUGGCUUAUGGUUUAUCUGAUAGUCCUGUUGGUCUUUUAGGUUGGAUGCUCGAAAAGUACCAUGACUGGACGUGUCAUCCUGCUGAAAGACGAGAUACUGAAGCCUUACCACCAACAAUUAGUUCAAAAGAAUUUCUUACACAGGUAUCCAUCUAUUGGAUAACCAACACAAUGUCUUCUUCUAUUCGUAUUUAUUAUGAAUGUCUUCAUCAAAACGAACUGCGUUACUUGGUUCCUCCCCGUAUCAAGAUUCCUAUGGGUGUAUCCGCAUUUGACCAUGACGUUUUCAAGUUGCCUAGAGAUUGGAUAGCAACCUCUGGUAAUUUACAUCAAUACACUGAAACUGACUGUGGUGGGCACUUCCCUAGCUUAGAAGAACCCAAGAUUUUGUUAUCGGACAUCCAACGUUUUGGUAGACAUCUAAGACAGAGCCACAUUUUAUAA